AUGACGCACCGAGUCAAGAAUAUCGGUUAUGACGAAGACGAUCUGUUUGACCAAGACGACUACGUGGAAGAAGAACAAGGCUACAGCGCUGAAGACCGUGACAAUUUUGCCAGUCUGACGCCGGUUGUGAGGGCGGAAUUGGAGGAAGCCGGAGUUCAAGUCUCCGAUCUUCAAAUAGAAGAAGCUCUUUGGCAUUACUACUGGGACGUGGGCAAAAGUGUGACCUUUCUAAAGGGCGCCCGCAAGCCCGAACCAGACGCAAAGAAGGAAAAGCCAAAAUCGAGAUUUGACGAAGCGGCCCACAAGUAUGCGAAGAAAGCAGACAAUGUGCACAGGCCUCAUUUAUCUGGGGUUGAGUGGUUUCGAAAUACACCUUGGAGGGAUGUCGAUCCCGAAAAUGUUGGAAUUCUUGUUCCUGCACCCGAUAAUCGACCGGAGCCUCGACUUCUUGGUGGUUCGACCAAAUUGGCCAAGUUAGCUGAGGAGCGUCGUAGGAAAGCUGCGGCAUCACAAGGUGCUCCAGCUCCUUCUACGGGAUCUCUCAGCUCACUGGACCGCCUGAGCAAGCCGAAGGACAUAGUUGACAAUAAAGAACCAAGUCCUCGUGUCGAGGUCAAGAAGUAUCCAAUCCGGAGGAAAGAACCUAGCCCUCCACCACAGUCUCCGACGCCGCCUCCAGUCGAGCCAAAGGAGAUACUCCCAGAUUUACGUUCUCAGCCAACGGCUUUUGGUCGCACGCUUGCCGUCAGUCCACCGCGCGCCUCAACCAUCUCAGCAGCGAUGCUUCGCGAUAUCCUCGGCGUAGAAACCAAUUCGGAGCCUUUCAAUGAACCCUCGCCGGAUGAUAGAAUUCUCAAGGCUGCUGCUGUCAAACCUGAGUCAAGCGCGGCCGCUCCAGAGCAGAUCAGAGUCCGAAGUAAGGGAUUGGAUGUGCUCAAAAUCUGGUUAAAAGACCGACCGAAGCGUAAGCCGUCGGCAGCCUUUGUCGUCGUUGGUCAUGUCGACCAUGGCAAAAGCACACUCAUGGGACGAUUGUUGCUCGACACCGGUGCCGUGACUCAACGAGACAUAGACAAGUACAAAAAGCAAGCCACUGAGCUCGGCAAAUCGUCAUUUGCACUGGCUUGGGUGAUGGACACCGGAACUGAGGAGCGAGAACGUGGAGUCACUGUGGAUAUCGCGCAACAUCACUUCAGCACUGACAAGGUCGACUUCACCAUUUUAGACGCGCCGGGCCACAGAGACUUCGUACCAAAUAUGCUCGGUGGUGCCUCGAUGGCAGAUUUUGCUGUCCUAGUGGUCGAUAUAAACAAUCUCGAAUCAGGGAUGAAAGGUCAGACCAAGGAGCACAUUCUCCUUGCAAAAGCCGUCGGCCUCCAAAGAAUCGUGGUGGCAGUGAACAAACUAGACACGACGGUCCCACCCUGGAGUCAAGCAAGAUUCGAUUCGGUCAGAAACGAGGUUACUGGUUCCCUGGAGAAAGAAGGCUUCGACAUUGGAAACAUCAUCUUCGUCCCCUGUAGUGGUCUCAGCGGUGGCAACGUCGUCAAACCUUUGUCUGGCGAGCCUACUCAACAGUGGACGUUCAAAACAUAUACCACGUUGUUACAUGCUCUAGAACAAUCGAUACCUGACGCAACCAAACAGGAAAAGGUUGAGAAGCCGUUUCGCAUGCAGAUCACGGAUGUGUUCCGUGGUGGCAUCACAAAUCCCUUGUCAAUUGCCGGUCGCAUCGCCAGUGGUCAGAUACAAGUCGGCGAUGCCGUCAUAGUACAGCCCAGCGGCGAGUCAGCAGCCAUCAAGGCCAUCGAAGUCAACGCAGAUGGCAGAGACUGGGCGGUCGCCGGCGAAUUGUGCAACCUUCAUCUUACUGACGUUGAUGCCCAAUAUCUACACAGCGGUGACACCGUGUGCGACUCACGUAAGCCCGUCCUGGUUGCGCACACAGUCACAGUGGAUAUCACUGCCUUAGACAGUCUUCUACCACAGAGCGUGGAUAUCCACAUUGGUCGCCUGAAUGUACCUGGUGCUGUGAGCCAGCUCUUGUUCACACUGGAUGCGAAAGGCGAGGUUCUGAAGAAGAAGCCUCGAAUUAUCAAGACCGGCCAGCGUGCCGUCGUCAAGAUCACCUUGGAGACUCCUGCGCCACUGGAAGCUGGAGAUUGCGUGGUCUUACGAGCGGAGGGGAGCACCAUUGCCGCUGGCGCGGUGGACAAUGUGAAUAGUUGA